CGUACCGUUCAAGCUGUCAGCGGCUCGUCUCUGACGGUCCGGAUCAUGAGUGUUCAUAGAUAAACAGGGAGAAAAGUGUGACGAUUUUCUUUGAAUAAUCUGCGCCGCGCUACUUGCUUAUAAGACAUGACGUUGACGACCAUAAAAGACGGCGAGUACACGGCCACUGUGUACAAAAUGAUUAAAGAUGGGCGCCAUGGGGAGGCCAUUCACAUCCUUAGCAACGAACUGCAGAAACACCACAAGUCGAGGGCGGCGCUCUCCCUGCUGGGCUACUGCUACUACCACGUGCAGGACUUCACCAACGCCGCCGAGUGCUACGAGCAUCUGAGCCAGCUCCACCCGGAGGUGGAGGAGUACAAGCUGUACUUGGCCCAGUCGCUGUACGGCGCCGGCGCGUUCCCCGAGGCCACGAGGGCCACCUUCCUGCUGGACAGCCCCGGCUCCCACACAAAGAUGAUAAAACUCCAGGCUGCUAUUAAAUACGGAGAGGAAGACUUUGUUGGCGCCAAGAGCUUGGUGGAGCAGCUGCCCCCCGAUGACCCGGACUACGAGGUGGAUCUCGGCUGUUUGCUCUACAAAGAGGGGGAGUACGAAGACGCCUGCAAGAAGUUCAUCGGCUCCAUGCAGAUAGUGGGAUUCCGUCCAGAUCUGGCGUACAACAUCGCCCUCUGUUACUACAGCCUGAAGAUGUACCCGCAGGCGCUGAAACACAUUGGAGAAAUAAUCGACCGCGGCAUCAGGGACCAUCCAGAGCUCAGUGUUGGCAUGACAACGGAGGGCAUCGAUGUGAGGAGUGUGGGCAACACCCUGGUGCUCCACGAAACAGCGCUGAUCGAGGCUUUUAACCUGAAGGCAGCUAUUGAGUACCAGCUGAAGAACUAUGAUGCAGCCCAGGAGGCCCUGACAGACAUGCCCCCCAGGUCGGAGGAGGAGCUGGACCCUGUGACCUUGCACAACCAGGCCCUCAUGAACAUGGAGAGCAAGCCCACGGAGGGCUUUGAGAAGCUCGCCUUCUUGCUGCAGCAGAACCCGUUCCCUCCUGUGACUUUCGGGAACCUGCUGCUGCUGUACUGUAAAUACGAGUACUUUGACUUGGCUGCAGACGUUCUGGCUGAAAACGCUCAUCUGACGUACAAGUUUCUUUCUCCGUAUCUGUACGACUUCCUGGAUGCCAUGAUCACGUGUCAGACUGCACCCGAAGAGGCGUUUCGGAAGUUCGAUGAGAUGGCAGCGAAGCUUGUGGAACAGCUCCGGAAGCUCACCAAGCAGGUCCAGGAGGCGAGACACAACCGCGAUGACGAGGCUCUGAAAAAGGCACUUCAGGACUACGAGGAAGUUCUCGAGAGGUACAUCCCUGUCCUGAUGGCUCAGGCCAAGAUCUACUGGAACCGGGAGAACUACCAGAUGGUGGAGAAGAUCUUCCGCAAGUCUGUGGAGUUUUGCAAUGAGCACGACACGUGGAAGCUCAACGUGGCCCAUGUCCUCUUCAUGCAGGAGAACAAGUACAAGGAGGCCAUCGGCUUCUACGAGCCCAUCGUCAAGAAGCACUAUGACAACAUCCUCAACGUCAGCGCGAUUGUGCUGGCCAACCUGUGUGUGUCCUACAUCAUGAGCAGCCAGAAUGAGGAGGCCGAGGACCUCAUGAGAAAGAUCGAGAAGGAGGAGGAACAGAUUUCAUACGAAGACCCGGACAAGAAAGUGUUUCACCUGUGCAUCGUGAACCUUGUGAUUGGGACCCUGUACUGUGCCAAAGGGAACUAUGAUUUUGGCAUUUCCCGUGUGAUCAAGAGUCUGGACCCCUACAAUAAGAAGCUCGGGACGGACACGUGGUUCUACGCCAAGCGAUGCUUCCUGUCCCUGCUGGAGAACAUGUCUAAGCACAUGAUCAUGCUGCGGGACGCCGUGGUGCAGGACUGCAUUCAGUUCCUGGAUCACUGCGAAGUGUACGGGAGGAACGUUCCCGCCAUCAUCGAGCAGCCGCUGCAGGAGGACCGCGUGCACAUCGGCAGGAACACGGUCACGUACGAGGCACGGCUGCUCAAAGCGCUCAUCUAUGAAAUCAUCGGGUGGAACCAGUAGGCCACAGGCCAGGACCACGGUCGAGCCCUUCAAACUUUGGGUGGGGGGGUGGCUUGGGGACCCGAGGGACACCCCCGAUCAGCGGCCUCCUGUCACGACUUGCCCACCAAACACGCACAGAGUUGUUUGCGCUUUGCUCAGCGGCACCAGGGCUCCACAUACCUUUCGCAACGGCUGCGCACUCAUUACCUCCCCAGGGGACGCGGGUUCAAGAGCCGUCCGCUCCACGUGUUUUUCAUCAUGGACGCUCCAAACAAC